UUUCAGCGCGCACGAACAUUGCCGAAGUUUGACAGCUUUGACAAAAAGAGACAUCGCCAUACAGAUGGCAUGUCUAUCUCUUUCGCCGGCAUUUUGUAGGAAAGUAAACACACAAAACAAAUGCAUUUUGGUGGAGCUGUAAAUGUAGCGCCUUCCUUAAGAGUUUCCGAAAUAUUCUUAGCUAAAUAGAAAACAGUUGAAAGUGUUACCAAGGUGGAAUACAGCAAUGGAGUUUACUGCUAAAGAAACGGUACUAGCGUUAUUACAACGCUGCGCAGUCGGUGCUCGUGCAAAGGAUGAUGAGUUCUUUCGUGAUGGGAACAUUUACAUCAAACCAUUCGUAAAGCUUGGAGUUUUAAGCGAGUUUCCGAAUGCCGACUCAGAACCGGAAGAUGUUGAGAUAAGUUGCAAUGUUCCCGAUUGUAACUUUUUCUGCCAAUCCGUGGUUGAAUAUGAAUUGCAUUACAAUGCCCAGCAUCGCUAUACGUGUGCACAGUGUAAAAAGUCACUCCCAAAUGCCCAUUUGCUCGAUCUGCACCUUUCCGAAACGCAUGAUUCAUACUUUGCUGCACAAGUGCAAGCAGCCAAUCGUCCGAUGUACGCUUGCUACCUCGAAGAGUGUAAACAUCGAAGCAAAGAUCCCGCAGAGCGUAGAGAUCAUUGCAUACGCGAGCACAAGUUUCCGCACAACUUCCGCUUUGAUAAGCAAACGCACAGUCAACCGAAAUCAAGUAAGGGCUCGAAAACAAGUGUACCAAUGGACACGGAAAGUGUUGCCGCCUGCGCUUCAAACACACCACUAUCGAAGAUCGAGGGCGAAAAAACGAUCGCACCAAAGUGUAGGAAAAAUUUCUCCUUUGGCCAUCCGCAGCAGCGCACGUUUAAAUCGGUAAAAAAGCAAAGCAACAGGUGUGAUAUACUUGAAAGUAACAAAAUGGUGAUCGAUCUGCUGGAAAGUCUUCCACGUGAGUAAAACUCAUGCCUAAACGGACAUAGAUGGUUUAAAAAAAAAGAAGGUGAUUUCUUCUCGCAUUAUGUUUUCGUUGUGGUAGAUACAAUAUAAGUUAAGUAAAGUAAAUGAAAUAAAUAAUAUGAAUUAAAAUUGCAA